GACGCCCGCGCGGCCAUGCCUGUGAAGGGCACCGCCAUAGACUGUAAGGUAGACGAACCCACAGGGGCGGGUUACGAGUCUUGUAGGAAGCUGCCUUAUACAGAGUCAGACCCUUGGUCCAUCCAGCUGAGUACUGUCUACACAGACCGGCAGCGGCUCUCCAGUCUCUGCCAGCUCCACCUGGAGACACCGGAGAUUACACCCGGGACCUUCUGCAUACAAAGCAGAUACUCUACCACUGAACAUAAGAAGAGCCUGCUGGAUCAGGCGAAGCCAUCCAGUUUGCUGAGGCCGGUGGCUCUGGGGAAACUCUCGGGGAGGUACCUCGCCCACCAGGAAAGCCUCCCCACCCUCCCCAUCCCGCCGCUCCAGCAGACUUUGGAGCACUACCUGUCAGUCCUCCAGCCCAUCAUUAGCGAGGAGGAACUGGGCCACACCAGGGAGCUGGUGCAAGAGUUUCAGAAGGCGGGCGGCGUCGGGGAACGGCUCCAGAAAGGCCUGCAGAGGAGGGCCAGGAAGAAAGAGAACUGGCUCUCCGACUGGUGGUUGAAAACCGCGUACCUGGAGUAUCGGCUGCCUGUGGUUGUGCAUUCCAGUCCGGGCGUCGUUUUGCCCAAACAAGAUUUUCUCGACCGGCAAGGACAGCUAAGGUUUGCCGCAAAACUGAUCGAGGGUGCCUUGGACUUCAAAACCAUGAUUGACAAUGAGACUCUCCCUGUGGAAUACCUUGGCGGGAAGCCCCUCUGCAUGAACCAGUACUACCAAAUCCUCUCUUCCUGCCGGAUCCCCGGCCCCAAACGGGACUCUGUGGUGAACUAUGCCAAAGGAAAGAAGCCUUCCACUCACAUCACCGUGGUCCACAACUUCCAGUUCUUUGAGCUGGAUGUCUACAGCAGCGACGGGAGCCCCCUGACCACGGACCAGAUCUUUAUUCAGCUGGAGAAGAUUUGGAACACCUCCCUGCAAACCAACAAGGAGCCAAUUGGCAUCUUGACCACCAACCAUCGCAACAGCUGGGCCAAAGCCUACAACAACCUCAUCAAAGACAAAACCAACAAAGAGUCGGUGCGGUCGAUUGAAAAGAGCAUCUUCACCGUCUGUCUGGAUGCACCAAUGCCCCGGGUCUCGGAUGACAUCUACCGGAGCCGUGUGGCGGCCCAGAUGUUGCAUGGCGGGGGGAGUCGCUGGAACAGUGGGAACCGCUGGUUUGACAAAACCCUUCAGUUUAUCGUGGCCGAGGACGGCUCUUGCGGGUUGGUGUAUGAACAUGCACCCUCGGAGGGUCCCCCUAUCGUUGCCCUGCUGGAUCACGUUGUGGAGUACACAAAGAAGCCAGAGUUGGUGAGAUCUCCCAUGGUCCCCUUGCCAAUGCCCAAGAAACUACGGUUUAACAUCACCCCGGAAGUGAAGGAUGACAUUGAGAAGGCGAAACGGAACCUUAACAUCCUGGUGCAAGAGUUGGAUAUCAAGGCAAUCGUCUUCCACCAGUUUGGGAAGAAUUUCCCCAAGUCGGAGAAGAUCAGCCCAGAUGCUUUCAUCCAGAUGGCUUUGCAGCUGGCCUAUUACAGGAUGUAUGGGCAGGCCUGUUCCACUUACGAGAGUGCCUCGCUCCGGAUGUUUCGCCUGGGCCGGACAGACACCAUCCGCUCUACCUCUAUAGAUUCUCUCAAGUUUGUGGAGGCCAUGGAUGAUUCUGGCAAACAGGACCACGAGAAGGUGGAACUACUGAGGCGAGCUACCCAGGCCCAUCGCGCCUACACUGACAUAGCAAUUAAAGGGAACGCGAUCGAUCGCCACCUCCUGGGCCUAAAGCUUCAAGCCAUUGAGGACCUUGUGAGCAUCCCUGAACUUUUCAUGGACACCGCCUACGCCGUCGCCAUGCACUUCAACCUCUCCACCAGCCAGGUCCCCGCAAAGACCGACUGCGUGAUGUGCUUUGGCCCGGUUGUCCCAGACGGAUAUGGCAUCUGCUACAACCCCAUGGAUGAGCACAUCAAUUUUGCCAUCUCGGCCUUCAACAGCUGUGCCGAGACCAACGCGGCCCGGAUAGCGCAUUACCUUGAAAAAGCCCUUCUGGACAUGCAGCUGCUGCUCAAGUCGAACCCCAGGUCCAAGCUUUAACAGGAGAAAGCUGCCCUUGAAAGCAUGUGGAGGCUCCAGAAGCCAGACCCUUGCACGGGCUCCAGCCGCGGGAGCGUUUCCCACCUCUGGUCUCAAGGGAGAGGGUCCAUUUUGGAGCCUGGAAAGGCCAGAUUUUAUCCUCUGGUCAGAAGGCACCUUGUCCUUCUCCCCAGAGUUGAGGGGGGGGUAGGCACUUGCCUUCCUUGCACUGCAUUUUCACCCCCCUCUUUUGUGUUUGCUGUGAAAACAAGAAUAUAGGAAAUGCCUCCUGCAGACUCAUCCAGUAAGCCGCACUUCCCCUGUGGAUGCUGAAAAGGAAUUGCAGUUAACUGGAGGCCUCCUCUGGAUUUCUCCGCUGGCCCAUGAUUCCUGUCUGUCUUUCAUAAGCUGCUGUCAGGCAAUUGCCUGCACUCGUGUGCUUGACACUCUUGGGGUGGUUUUGGUGUGUAAUGCUGGGGGUAGGGGGGGCCUUCUAAACCCGAGCAAAUCCACUCCGCUUUUGGAUCCACUUUGGUGCCAAGUCUGGACAGAGGAGGCUCUUUCCAGUCUCACUUUGCCAGGCAUUUUGGUCUCUCAUACACCAAGAGACCUUCCCUCUCACCGUCCGCAGCCCAGAUCUGCUUGUUUUGUAAUCCUUGUGUGUUCGCAGAAUCUGUCUGGAUGGGAGGCACCAGUUGCUGUAACAGGCUCCUUUUUCUGUGGUUUUCUUGUUAUGAUCAUAAAGCUCCAUUCGCUGUUGCUGAAGAACAAGUGCAGUAGAUGCCUGUUCCGGCCCUUUCACCGUAGAUUGUAUGUGUUGCAGGGAGGGGUUGUUUCCCCCGUGUUUUAACACACUGGAUGUUCAAGUACGUGAACUUCAGGCUGUCUAAAUGAUUUGAUAUGCUGUGCCUCAGGACUGGGGAACCUCUGGAUGCCCAGAUGUUGCUGGGCUCCCAACUCCCAUCAUCCCUAACCAGUGGUUAUGCUGGCCAGGGCUGACGGGUGUUGCAGGCCAGUAAUAUAUGGACGGGGGGGGAGGCACAUCUUCCCCAAUCUUGAGCAAUAGUUAGAGAGGAACUAUGGGAUACGUUUGCUUCCAAGAAUAUGGAUCGCCUUUCUUCGACUCUCAGAAGGAAGGUUUCCAGAGCGGGUUACUCCUCUUUUCCUCCAGAAUCAGUAAAUGGUGUCCCGUCAGGUGGGAGAUCGCCCCAGGUUUGAUCCAUGGCAUCUCCAGCUUAAAAAAAGGAUCAGAUGACAGGGAAAGAUAUCUCUGCUUCAGGUGCUCCUAGUCAGCAAGACAAUAUUGAGCUUGCCAGGCCAGUGAUCUGACUCGCUAGCCACUCGUAUUGGCUCAUUUGCAUUGAUUUCUGAACUUAAGUCGGCCAAGGUUGGGAAACCUCAGACCCCAAGGCCAAAUGCUCUAGUGUGCAAUUGACACCAACCUUUUUCUGCCUCGAUAGCUUUUAGAAUUGGGAUGGGGAACCUGUAGGUCUUCCAGCAUAGCCAAAGGGCUGGAAUGAUGGGAGGUGGGAGUCCAUCAUCAUCUUGGGUGAUGCAGAUUGUCCACCCAUUUUAAAGCCCAAGCAGCGCGGUGGGGGUGUACACGUGCAUGCGAAUAUAGGUCAUGCAAAGUUCUGAAUAACUAAAGUCUUCCCGCUGUGCUCUUAAGGCUUAAGCGCGCCCAAGUCUGUAUUGGAUCUGUGCCAGAGAUCUAGGUUUCAUCCCCCAAACCAUUUUCUGCUGCCAUGUGUUCAAAGAUAUCUUGGCAGCCAUGAGGACUAGCAGCUCUUGUUGUUGUCUGGAAGCUGAGAUUAAUAGAGAUCUUCCUGUUUUAGAAGUGCCUUAUAUUGCCUUAGUCCCAGGGACAAGGGGAGAUUAUUUUGGAAUGCAAUCAGUAUGUAAGACUUUACAUGUUCUUCCCCCCCACCCCCAGUUUAAGUAGUAUUUAGCAUGAUUUGUGUUUUUAACUUCAACCUUUGAUUUCCUCAUCAUCUUUUUGAAGUUUGCAAUGACCAGACUCAUGGAAGUGUUAAAGAUGAUAUAUACAGAUAAGUUUUGUUUUAAAAAGCUGGUAUUCAUAUAUCCUAAUUUUUUGUAAAAUUAUUAAAAGAGGUGACAGCAUGAACAAGAAGGUCUGUGGUUCAAAUCUUACCUUAGCCAUGCAUGGGGUAUAUAGCGCUCUCAUGCUCUCUCCUGCAAAGAACACAGACCUUCUUGCUGAGUUGCUUAUAAGGAGUGCCAAGAUAAUGUGAAGCGCUUUUGAGCAGGCAAGAGCGUAAAGAAUUCCAUAUAUAUUUGCUACCAAAACACGUUACGUACGCUGGUCACCUAUAUUUUAUGGUCUUAAAAUGACUGUGAAAUUCUGCAUUAUCCAAGCUGUUCUGCAGAAGCUUCUAGCCAACAGUGUGUAAAAUUCUUAUAGUGCUUCUGACGAGAGUUUGCAUGAUCUGCUUGUAAACUGUGUAUGUGUAUAUAUAUAUAUAUAUAUACAUAAUAUAUAAUAUAUAUAUAUAUAUAUAUAGAAUGUAUGAAUAAGCCCUGAAAGACACAUAGCUGUUCAAUGUAAAUUUAGCCCAAUUAAAAAACAGAAGGGGGGAAAAGAGUGUGUAGAAAUUUUG